AUGGCAGGGAGAGAAUGCCUCAAUUUGGGAAAAAAAAGUAGGUAUUGUUGGCGUGUCUUUGUUCAUCUCAGGCAACUGACCAGUCCUAGUAAGCAUUCAAAAUCUGCAGCAAGCGAUUUCCCUGUCCUUUCCUACCCGAUUCAAACGUCUGACGAAAUCAAAGCUCGAUUGGCUCAUCUGGUAGCUUUGGCCAAGACCCAAUGGCUCGACAAUCCAAAGAACGUCGUCUUUGCCUAUGUUCAGUCUCGCACCGGCUCGUAUCCUGAGUUUCGUUUUGCCGAGGGUCGUUACCAUGGCAAGUCGCACAAAGUCAUUCGUUCCACCCUUGUCAUCGACGAAGAGUACAACAUCGUUGCGACGGGCGAUGGGAAAAGUCAAAAAGAGGCAGAAAAAGCAGCCGCUCUACACGGUGUGCUCCUGCUCCUGGAGCGCGAUUUCAUCGCACACCCUCCACCAGGCAUCUUCGGCUCCGGUGGCAAAGGCAACUCUAAGGUGCUCACUGCUGCCCUUUUCGAUGGCACAUCUGUUUCGUUAGAACAAGCUCGUGAAUUCAUCGACUUUUUCUGUCGUGAGGGGCAUUUUGGUUCGCCAGAUGUGGUAUUUCAUGAGGCACAUGAAGUUCGUGGACGGCGCGUGUUGAUUCAUGGAUGGAAGGCCACGAUGUGCAUUGGAGGCACCCCAGUCGGCGAAUCACUUGAAUCUAACAAGAAAACUGCACAAAAUGCGGCUUACUUGAACACAGCGACAACACUUGCUGAUGAAUAUCGAGACAUGUGGGUCAAGUACUUGCAAAUGCCUCGGAGUAAGCUUGCCGGCAAAGCGCCACCGGUCUAUUUUCGUGUGUCAAAUGAAUUGGAGGAAAAGAUGCGUCAUCUCUAUGACACGAUUCGAGAUAGUGAGCUGUAUGCAAAUCGUCCGCGAACCACGGCGGUGCUCUCAUCACCUCCAGAUGCAACACCUGCAACGAAAAAGGCCGAUGCGACGCGACAUGCACUGUCUGAUGAACAGCAUGAACAAAAGUCCCAACAAAUGCUAGAAAACUUGAAUGCUUAUCAGACGGACGAACGUGUCAAGUCGCUUCGGAUUGCGCGUGAGCAGCUUCCAGUAAUGCAGCACGCUGGCGACAUUCUUGUAAAAACGGAGUUGAACCCUAUCACUGUCUGCAUGGCGUCUACAGGCUCUGGCAAAACGACGCAGGUCCCUCAAAUUCUGCUGGAUGAUUUUACGCUCCGCAAGCAAGGGUCACGCUGUAAUAUUAUCUGUACUCAACCCCGUCGCAUUGCAGCCAUUAGUGUGGCACAGCGUGUUGCGAAGGAGCGGGGCGAGAGUGUCGGUGAUUCGGUCGGAUACCAAGUGCGGUUUGACAGCAAGAUGCCCAAACCGGAUGGGUCUAUUCUUUUCUGCACGACGGGUGUAUUUUUACGGCGUUUGCAGUCGGCACUAGAGGAUGCAUCAGGCACCUCAUUUCUCGACAAUGUGACGCAUAUACUUAUGGAUGAGGUGCAUGAACGUGAUGUUGAGACCGACUUGCUGUUGGCUGUGAUCAAGCGUGUUCUCCAAGACCGUAGGGAACGUGGAUGCCCUGAGAUCAAACUGCUUUUAAUGAGUGCGACCGUGGAUCCGAAACUGUUUCAACAGUACUUUGAAGGAUUUUCGGCACGGCCCGUACCAGUGGUGGAGAUCCCUGGUCGGAGUUUCCCUGUACAAAAGUACUACUUUGACGAAAUCUAUCAACAACUUCAAGAGCUGGCUCUUCCGUUGAAUCAAGGGGGGUGGGUCUGGCACGAGCAGAGCGUUCGUGAUUAUGUACAUCGUGAGAUCAUCGAGCACGGUGGCCGAAUCAGCGACUCUGUUGGCAGCUCAGACGACAAACUGAUCAUUGACAAUCUGGAGUUGCCGUAUCCACUAGUUGCUCUGCUGAUCGCCUACGUGCUCACACGGUCCCGUGACGGACACGUGCUUGUGUUUUUGCCCGGGUGGGACGAGAUCAAGAUCGUGCACCAAUUGCUCUUGAAUUCGAAAGAAUACCCUCUGAUGGGUGUGUGCUUCGAUGACUCUUCUCAGUAUGAGAUCCACAUCCUCCACUCGUCGGUCCCUGUGACUGACCAGCAGGCUGUGUUUGAGCCUGUGCGACAUCCUCAUAUUCGCCGCGUGAUUCUAUCGACCAACAUAGCAGAGACGUCCGUGACGAUCCCAGACGUGGUGUAUGUGAUUGACACUGGCCGUGUGAAGGAGAAGCGGUACGAUCCUGAACGACACUUGUCGAGUCUUGUGUCUGCCUGGGUCGGCACGUCCAACCUAAACCAGCGCGCAGGCCGCGCAGGCCGUCAUCGGUCUGGUGAGUAUUACGGCUUGUUGUCAAUGGCGCGCUACAAUCGCCUGGGUGUAAGCCAGACGGUCGAAAUGAAGCGCCUCGACCUCAGUAAUGUCGUCAUGCAUAUCAAGGCACUCAACAUUCCCGGUAUGGAGGUAGAAGACGUGCUUGCAUCCACGAUCGAACCACCCGCGUCCGAACGUGUGCAGGCAGCCAUGGUUGAUCUUGGUCGGAUUGGCGCUCUGGAUUAUCACUCAAAUCUCACGUCGCUCGGCAAAAUGCUUUUGCAUUUGCCAGUCGAUGUUAAUAUCGGAAAAAUGUGUCUGUAUGGUGCGUUCUUCCGCUGCUUGGAUCCUGUCUUGUCACUUGCGGCGAUUUUGACGAACCGGGAUCCGUUCAUGGCGCCUAUUCAUCUAAAACGGGAGGCCAACGAAAUUAAGAACAGUUGGUGCCCCACAACGUUCCGUUCAGAUCCGUUGUGCGUCCUCAACGCGUACUAUGAGUGGAACAGACUAUUAUCGUUACAUCCGAGCCAAGCGAAUCGAUUCUUGUAUCAAAACAUGCUGAGUCGCUCGACCAUGUUCCAGAUUCAGCAAGUGAAAGAGAACCUGUUCCAGAGUCUUAGAAAGGCCAACGUGAUUCAACUCAUUCGUAGCAGCGCUGGCGUCCCUCCUCGCUACCGCCGGCGCAUUCGCGAAACUGACCCUGAAUUCAACGCUAAUGCCCACAGUACGGCACUGCUUGCUUCGCUUAUUGCGGUGUCGUCACCUAACUUUGCUGUACGCACGGGUGAGCGAACGUUCCGUACCUCACAGGAUAAGUCGUGUUUUAUCCACCCGUCCAGUGUGUGCAGUGCCAAAUUCCAAAAGGACAAGGCAAAGAUGUCUGCAUCACCAUCAAUGCCCAAUAAGGACAUCUAUGCCUUUGCUGAGAAAGUGCGUAACACUUCGCAGAUGACUGGUUCUGCUGGACACGCCAUGACAUUCAUGCGCACGUGUACACGCAUUGAUCCGUUGUCGUACAUGCUCUUCGGUGCAACGGAGGCGCGGGCUUCCCCACAAGGUUUGGACUGUGACUCGUGGCUCCCUGUCACCGGUGACUAUGAUGCGUUGGAUGGCGUCGAGCGCAUCAAGUCUGUUAUGGAUGCCUGUAUACUCCGUGUGUUGGAGGGCAUUCAGAUCCCCCUCACAAAUCUGACGGCAAAAAAGUCCUCUAUCGAGCCUGUUGCCUCCGAUGUCCUCAACGACACAUUUUCUGACGAUGAGGAGGAUGCUGACCCGACCAUCCCGCCUGUCGGCCCUUUAACGAUGCAUGAAGUGCAAGAGCUUGAAUCGCUCACUUCUCGAAUUGUUGAUUUGCUCGACCAUUAUGCAUCGGAAAAUCCCCUCAGUUAA